ACUGUUUUUAUGAUAGGAGAGAAUACUUACAAAUCUUAAUGAUGUUGAUAACGAUGUGGGAGGAUAUAGCAGCAGGCACUGCUCCAUGCUGAGUCCUAAGGGAGAAAUUCGAAUUUUUUCCGUCUUGUAGCAUGUGUGGCUCUCACUCACACGAGCCUGGAACAGAGAGAGAAAUGCAUGCUAUAUAAACAGAUGUAAUGUGACCAAAAUUAUCAUUUACAUCAGAGUCACAUUCGAGUGUACUACAUACCGUACUCUACUUCACUAUCAUACGAGAUGAGUUCGUCAUCAUCAUCAACCUCGUCCUCAUUCAUCCUCCCAGAUAGCCCACCAGCACAUGGGCGUAUCCUCAACUACUGGCAACAGAAAGCGGCCCUCGCUGCCGACACGUCUGCUGCUGCACCUGCUCCUUCUCCACUCACGGUGGAACCGCCAUCGCUGGGGGAGAUUGUGCUGGGUGACAGUCCAGUUCAACACUUGGCUCCAUCUGCUACCUGGGCACCGCGAUGUGCGGUGCUAACAACUCUGAGCAACAAUAACAUGAAGCAGAAGCAGGGGAAGAGGAGGUUGGUGUUUGACGAGGCUGAGGUUAGCGGGGAUGAGGACGAGACAAUCUUCUCACAAACAAAGAAAUGUGCUGCAGUGGAGAACGGGUCAUCACUUGUCCCCCUGAUGAAGGAAGUGCAGAGGCAGAGGAGGAUGAGAGGGGGGAGAUGAACUCUGUUCAACCCAUCAAUCAGCCUGCACCCAAACUUUGGGUGCCACUGAGAGAGUUGAAAGAGGAUGUACCCCACCCCAUUAUCAGUGCGAGGGAGCAUACCAAUAAACAUGGACGAUGUGUUAUUUUGAAAAUUAGCAAUGUAGGAAGCAAAUUGUUGUGUGAGGUAUAUUUACCACAAUGAUUUGCUUCCUGCAUUAGCGCGGAAAAAAUUGUAGAAUUCAAUAAAAGUUGUAAAAAUUUGGUAAUUAUAGUAUCACAUAAGUCGGGGAAUUGGACUGAUAUAAAAAUUGUUAAGCAUUAACAAUUGUAUAUCUAUACAAUUCGUCAACUUAAGUGUUACAAAUUGUAUAGAUGUGUGUGUUAAAGUAGUAU